UUUAGAUGUUAUUGUUUUAAACCUGUAUAAGUGUAUUAUUUGUUAUCAUAUGAUAAGAUUUACUCGUUUAAUUUUAACUGUACCGUUCUAUAUGUGCUUUUGUUUUGUUAUGACAAAUCUCGUUUUUAACAAUGAUAACAUAAUAAAUGUCGAAGAAAACCCUAUCAACGACAUGGAACGUUUAGUUUCACCAAGCUCGGAAAAUAGGUGUCAGGUUGCUCCGGCAGUAACAUCACCCGCGGAGAAUGAAUCAAGCGCAGAAAAACGGCCACUUACUACAGCAUCCCUAAAAUCUAAGCGCAGCCAACUCUCACAAAUGUCUUCAUUAAUUGACGAUUUAAAAAAUAUAGAUAAAAAUUUGGAAGAAACAGGACAUGACGUAUUUCUAAAGAGUGUAUCAGCUCAAUUAAAGAAAUUAUCCGAAGAACAAGCAAUCAUUGCUCAAGAAAAAAUACAGAGCAUAUUAACUCAAUGCAGACUUGCUAAUAUAAAAGCCAAGAAACCUAAUACCGCAUAUUUUAAUAUUCAGCAACCGGUGCAAUCAAACAUGCCCUCUCAAGCGUAUACCAUCGUCCAAUAUCAGCAGUCGAGCUACCAGCCAGCAUUAUACUGAUUAUACUGUUCCCCACCAGAAAUCAGUCCAACAGGCACUACAAGUUCUUCUUCAGCUUCUCACUACAACGAUGAUUUUUCCCCAAUUUCAUAUCACAAUGAUAGCCUGGACGAAAGCACACAAGCCAGUGAUAUAAUAGUGACUGCUUUGAGAAAUAAUAUGUAAUGUAAAUUAUUCCGAAUA